UCGUUUCGUCCAUUCUUUUUCAGCCUUCUGCUGCUUCUGCUCCUCUAAACCUUUGUCCUCAUAUCUUUGGCCUGCGGUUUGAUUUGGUCCCUCAACGUGCCCGUGUUUUCUAGUCUUUUUGCUUAUCUCUCUUGAAUUUUUGUCUUUAGUGUGUCGUGUUUAAUCUAUAAUCCUUCAAAAUGUUCGAAGCAAGAUUAGUGCAAAGUUCCAUCUUCAAGAAAGUGCUCGAAGCCAUCAAAGAGCUUCUCAAUGAAGCCACCUUUGAUUGUUCAGAUUCAGGGAUCCAGCUACAAGCCAUGGACAGCUCUCACGUCAGUUUAGUCUCUUUAAAUUUAAGGAGCGAUGGCUUUGAUCAGUACAGAUGUGACAGAAACCUCUCAAUGGGCAUCAACCUUGCCAGCAUGACCAAAAUCAUGAAAUGUGCUGGUAAUGAUGAUAUUAUGACCAUGAAGGCGCAAGAUAACGCUGAUUCUGUUACAUUCAUGUUCGAGUCUCCCAACCAAGAAAAAAUGUCAGAUUACGAAAUGAAACUUAUGAACCUCGAUCAAGAACACUUAGGAAUCCCGGAAACAGACUACUCUUGCGUCAUUAAGCUUCCAUCUGCAGAAUUCGCCAGGAUCUGUCGAGAUUUGAGCCAGUUUGGGGAGUCUGUAGUUAUCUCAUGUACAAAAGAAGGAGUUAAAUUUUCAGCAGCUGGCGACAUCGGCUCAGCAAAUAUUAAACUAGCACAAACUGCCAACGUUGACAAAGAAGAUGAGGCUGUCUCAAUUGAAAUGCAAGAGAAAGUAUCAUUGACUUUUGCUUGCCGGUACUUAAACUACUUCACGAAAGCCACUCCAUUAUCACCACAGGUCUGUCUGUCAAUGUCUGCUGAAGUGCCUUUAGUCGUUGAGUACAAAAUUGGUGAAAUUGGUCAUAUUCGCUAUUACCUAGCUCCAAAAAUUGAAGAGGAUGAAAACAAUUAGGUGUAAUUGCACUCCAAACAUUGUAAGCGUAUAUUUUUACUUUUCUUCAAGUAUUCAAACCAGAUUUCAAUGUGAGGUGUACAGUUCCUCCUCAAUUUCCUAUUUUUUGUCCACAGCAGUUUGCCCCAGUUCUAUUCUGCAGACACUGCACUCAAUUCUCAUUUGUAAAUAUUUUUAUUCAAUUUUUUACAUGUAUUGCCGUCUUAGUUAAGUGUCAGACAAUUGCACGAAUUAAGUAAUCAUGUAGGUAAACAUUUGUUUGAUUUGCUUCCUACCUCUAUUUGUACUUGCUGCAUCACAGAAUACUUGAAGUUGUUCAAUGUCCGCAAUACUGGCAACUAUGCAGCUGUUAGUCAAGUACAUUCUCAGAUGAAAGAUAAAAAAAAGUCUGCACGUGUAUAAGUCAGUCCAGUGGCUAUUUAUUUUUUAAAGUUUGUAGCCCUGUCAAAAGCGGUUGUGUCUAACUUUUUAGAAUUUUAUUUUUCAUAGACACAUUCUUGAAUUCCUAUCACCUCAGCUACUUUUUGCAAGAUAUUCUAAAAAAAAUGUCUGCCCGGUGUAAAUGUAUUUUGUUAUUUUUUAUACGCUCGGUGAAUAAAUUUUCAUGAAAGUA